CUGCAGGGUUCCAAAGAUAUACCUCAUUUAAGAUUACUGGAAUUAAAAUAAUAUGUAAACCUUUCGUAUUACCCUUUACUACCAUGGACUGGAUUGAUCAUAUUCCCUCCGUCUGCACUCGAUUGCUUUUGGCCUUUGUACCACGUGAUAUUUUCUUCUCACUUCCGCAAAUAAACGUCAGAGCAGCGGAGUGUGGUAGCUUCCGCGGAAAGUAAAAACACAACCAUAUUACCUAAUCGUGUGUCAUGGUGAAACUGUCAGAGAGAACCGUUAAAUCGACAUAUCCAAGUGGUGGGUUUAACGGAAAUUGUAAAACAGUGACAGCAGCACUGGCAUCCCUGCCUAGUCAAACCCUCUCCCUGCCCCUGCCCCCUGCCCUGCCUUUGGAUUGAGGUUCAUCCCCUCCACCCUGCUGCCCUCGCCACAGACUCAGCAAGCGCAUCAUGGUGGAUGUAACGAAAUGGCCAAUUUUCAGCCUGCUGGGGCCUCAGGAGCUCUCUGUGAUACGGAAAGCAUGCGUGUUUGGAACAUCUGCUAAUGAGGCCAUCUACAUCACCAGUGAUGAUGAGGUGUUUGUGUUUGGGCUGAACUGCAGUAACUGCCUGGGAACAGGGGACAGUCUGAGCACCAUUGUACCCAAGAAGCUGGACUUUUUGAGUGGGAGGAAGGUGGUCAGCCUAAGCUACGGCAGUGGACCCCACAUCCUGUUGGCCACGGCAGAUGGGGAGCUGUUUGCCUGGGGCCAUAACAGCUACAGUCAACUGGGAAAUGGGACAACCAACCAAGGACUAGCUCCAGUGCUCGUGUCUGCCAGCCUGCUCAAUAAGAAGGUCACGAAGGUGGCCUGUGGUUCUCACCAUUCAAUGGCUUUGACUGACUCAGGAGAAGUAUAUGCAUGGGGCUACAACAACUGUGGUCAGGUGGGCUCAGGCUCCACAGCAAACCAGCCCACACCUCGCAGAGUGUCCAGCUGCCUCCAAAGCAAGGUCGCUGUCAGUGUAGUCUGUGGUCAGACGUCAUCUCUGGCAGUAAUGGAUAAUGGAGAGGUUUAUGGUUGGGGCUAUAAUGGGAAUGGACAACUUGGACUUGGGAAUAAUGGGAACCAGCUCACUCCCUGUCGACUUGUGGCUCUGCAGGAUUUAUGUGUACAACAGAUUGUCUCAGGCUAUGCACACACCCUGGCACUAACAGAUGAGGGGUUGCUCUACGCAUGGGGUGCCAACACAUAUGGUCAGCUUGGCACCGGCAACAAGAACAACCAGCUGAGCCCAGUUCAGAUCAUGACUGAGAAAGAGAGGUGUGUCGAGGGCGCCGCCUGUCACUCCACACAUACUUCAGCUGCAAAGACCCAGAGUGGUCAGGUGUACAUGUGGGGCCAGUGCCGGGGCCAGUCCAUUGUGUUGCCUCACCUCACACAUUUUAGCUGCACUGACGACGUCUUUGCAUGCUUUGCCACCCCUUCUGUUAUGUGGAAGCUUCUUUACAUGGAGCAUGACGACUUCUUGACUGUGGCGCAGUCUCUGAAGAAGGAGUUUGACAACCCAGAGACAGCCGACCUCAAGUUCUCCGUCGAUGGCAAAUAUAUUUAUGUCCACAAAGCAGUUCUCAAAAUCAGGUGUGAACACUUCAGAUCCAUGUUCCAGUCCCACUGGAAUGAAGACGGGAAGGAGGUGAUUGAAAUAGACCAGUUCAGCUACCCAGUCUACCGCUCCUUCUUGGAGUUCCUCUACACAGACAACGUGGAGUUGCCUCCUGAGGAUGCUAUCGGGCUGCUGGAUCUAGCCACAUCGUAUUGUGAGAACCGCCUGAAACGACUUUGUCAGCACAUUAUCAAGAGGGGAAUCACAGUUGAAAAUGCCUUCUCCCUGCUGUCUGCUGCUGUACGCUAUGAUGCAGAGGAACUGGAGGAGUUCUGCUUUAGGUUCUGCAUCAAUCACCUGACACAGGUGACCCAGACUACUGCUUUCUGGCAGAUGGAUGGCAACCUGCUCAAAGAUUUUAUUUGUCGAGCCAGCCGCUGUGGAGCCUUCAAAAACUGAGCUCAGCCCGAGCUGAUUAUAGGAACAGAUUUACAAGACGCUGUGGGAGCCCUCAAAGGACAUCAUCGCACACGUCGGCUCCACGCACGUCCUCUUACAGGUGGUUACAUAGUGCAAAUCGUUAGGUCAUCACUACCACUGUCAGAUCUGUUAUUCCUCAUGCCAGACUGGAACCAGUGUGUCCAUUUUAUGAGCUGUACAUACUGAAACUACAAGGCAGUGCUGACAGGAGGCAUCAGCACAGCAAGUAUCUGCCACAGUGCCCGACUGCCUCAUUAUAUACACAUGCUGUGUUGUAUGGCAAGCCGUUUGAGCAUUUGUUCCAUAUUAUUGCUAUCAGAUGUCACUUUCCUCCAGGAGUUUGGCCUUUGUCAGCACCAGUUGGAUGUUUGGUCACACUAGUUUGUCAUUUUACUGAUAACACUUCUAAUGUUUUGUCCAACCAGUUCCAUCUGAAGCCAAACUAGUGCUGCUUUUGACACCAUUGAUCACAGCAUCUUACUGCAGAGACUUGAACAUGUUAUUGGAAUUAAAGG